CGUGAAGAGAACGAGGAAGAUAAUAUUUAAAGGACCAAAACAAUCCGUAAAACACAGCUAGAGUUUUCACAGGAAAAUAAAGGUUUGACGAAGCUUAAAUAUCUUUGCAAAGCGCAAAAUUGACCGUAUGUCUUCGCCAGAAAAGAAGGAGGAUACAACUUGGCGUGAAAGGUUCUUAAGCUCUUCAAGUUACUUCGCCAAAUCAUCACCAGUAUUAGAGAGAGUGCGCCGCACAAAAUCAGAUUGUUCAGCAACUCAAAAACCAAAUACUGUUCCUGUUUACGAGGGUAUUCCUGAGAAUCCACAAACCUCAAGCGAUCUCUAUACCAAAGUGGUGAUACCGGAGAAAGAUACAAGUCAUGAACCAAAGGUAUAUGAAGAGCUUGGUACUUUCCAACAUAGAAAGGCUCGGUGUAUCAGCCCGAAAAAAAACGUAGACGAUGUAAACGAUAUUUACGAAAUGAUGGAGUUAUUUAAACUGCUUCAUAUUGAAUAUGAUCCUCAAAAAUUGGUCCUCUCAGAGAUGAAAGAGACGGCAAAAAAGGAGAUAGAAGAACAAAGUUCCGGCAGCGGAAAAUAUUCAAAUGGGAUAACGGGAUUUGAGGUCAUUGCAAAGGCUAAAGCCGAAGAUACGUUGAAAAGGGAAAAGCUGAGGGAAUCGUAUUUGGAGGUUGAUGAGUGUGUCAAACAAUUGGAUCAGUAUGCGAUUGAGAUUCUGGACGUCUUCUAUGGCGAUCGUGGGAUUUUGAAUGCUUUGGCAGAACAGAAAAAAAGCUUAACGAACACAGAGUACAACGUUCUUAUUGCAGGUGAAAGUAGUGCCGGGAAAAGUAGUUUAUUGAAUCUUAUUCUUGGCGAAGAGCUUCUUGCACACCAUGUCUUGAGUACAACCUCGACAAUAUGCGAACUGAGGUUUGGGGAGGAACGAAAACUGGUCGUUCAUUAUAAGUAUAACGAAGAAACGAAGACACGUCCUUUGCCUGUAAUAUUUCCCUUGAAAUCCCAGGAAGAAUGCGGUAAAAUUUUUUAUGAUCAAAUCGCUCCCUUCGUGCAAAUGGAGUCAAAUCAGCGAGAAAAAGGCUCCAAAUAUUCUAGAGUAGAAAUCUUUUGGCCGCAUGAAUUACUUAAGAAAGGAAUUGUUAUCAUUGAUAGUCCAGGCCUGGGUGAAUCUGAUGAAAUGGAUGAAGUUCUGAUGAAUUAUCUUCCGAAUGCUUUUGCAUUUAUCUAUGUUCUUGACACUUCCCACGCUGGGGGAAUACAAAAAGACUUGAAAGAAAAGCUGAUGAGCAUCAUACAAAAGGUGCAGAAGUCUCAGACUGAAUGCAGUGUUGAAACGACGACCCUUCAACAUUUAGCCGAAUGCUCGCUUUUCAUCGGCAAAAAAUGGGAUCAAGUAGAAGAAGAUCAGAGAUCAACGGUGAAGAAACAUAUCGUCACAAAGCUGUGCGAGUGUUGGGAGUGUUCAAAUUUGAGUCAUCAAAUUGUGUAUAUGUCAAUAAAAGACGCCAUCAAAGUACAGGGAUAUGGUGGAGUCACACAGGAGUUCAACGAUUUACUUCAAAAAAUUAAGACGAUGAUAUUGAAGGCAAUAAAUGUCAGACUAUACAACCACUGGCUGUGGUUGUAUACAUUGCUGCACCAUAUUUAUAGAGUAACAUAUUUCUUCAAUCAAGAGGUUCAAUCAUUUCACAAGCAAACUCGUGAACGGAUGGAAUCAAUCGAAAAACGGAUGGAAACGAUUGAAAAACAAGAGCAAGAUGUAAAGAAGAACAUGGAAGAAAGACUGAAAUACCAGACCACAGUUCUCCAAGAUACACUGAGGAAAUACAUUUGUUCGACAGAAUUCAAAGCAAAGCUCUGCAGGUGGAACGAUUGCGUACUUCCACCGUACGAAAUAAAUUGGGAAACAACAAAAAGCAACGUGGACAAGGCAAUUGAUUACCGAUUUAAAGAAUUACUCAUCCAGUGGGAGAAUGACAAUCAAGUGUGCUUUUGCACGAAUUUCGUACAAGGUUAAGUCUUUUGGAAGAGGAGCUUCAAGGCAUCGACAAAGCGAUGCAUGAUGUGGAAAGAAAAGCUGAUUAUGCAAAGAAUA